AUGGAUGAAAAAGGAGAGUUAGAGAGAGAAGCUGAAACUCAUUUCUCACCUCUGAAGCCUCCAACAUGUUUGUCUGAAGAAGUGCCCGCCGGCUGGAGCUGUUUCCCCUUCUGCACAUAUGAAACGUCAUACUGGUGACACCAUUUCUGGGAAAUCACUCCAGUUCUCUCCAGCAGCUACGUCCUCAUCUUAAUAUCACAGAGCAUGUGAAGUUUGUCGGAGAGAAUAUGGAGACUUGAACCACAAAACGCUGUCAGAUCAUCACAAACCUUUCUGCUUUCACACUCAGCAAUGGACACCGACGCCACGAGGACGAUGGAGGUGGCGGCGCUCGGCCGGCCUUUCAGCCUCGGGAUGCUGUAUGACUGCCGCAAUGACUCACUCAUCCCUGGCGUGACAUUGUGGGACCUUAAAGAUCUGAGAAAUGAUAUACAAGAAAGACCACAGCACUGCAACGAUUUUCAGAUAGUUGCAUCUGAAUCAAUUGCAGAUAAAUCUUCAGCAUUAAAUGUGGAAGCAUCCCUGAAGGCAAGUUUCCUUGGUGGAUUAGUAAAGGUUGGAGGAUCUGCCAAAUACCUGAAUGAUAGUAAAACAUCCAAACAUCAGGUCAGAGUAACACUGAAGUACCAUGCAACCACAAAGGUGGAGCAACUGUCAAUGAAUCAUCUUGGAAGAGACAAUGUGAAGCAUCCGGAUGUCUUUGAUAAAGGAAUAGCAACACAUGUAGUCACAGCUAUCCUUUAUGGGGCACAAGCCUUCUUUGUCUUUGACCGUGAGGUGUCUGAUGAAGAAAGUCAUCAAGACAUUCAUGGCAACAUGAAGGUGAUGAUCAAGAAAAUCCCCACCAUCACAGUAGGGGGGGAAGGUUCUGUCCAAAUGGAAACCAAGGACAUUGAAAGAGUGGAGAAGUUCUCCUGCAAAUUCCAUGGAGACUUUUUACUGAAGAAAACUCCAACAACCUUUCAGGAUGCCAUACAAGUCUACCAAAGCCUGCCACAAUUACUGGGAACCGAAGGAGAAAAUGCUGUACCAAUGAAGGUCUGGCUGAUGCCACUUGUGAGUUUAGAUCCAUCUGCUGCUAAACUCGUCCGUCAGAUAAGUAUAAGUUUAGUGCAGAAAUCCCAGAGUGUCCUGGAGGACUUCACUGAGCUGGAAAUGAGGUGCAAUGAUGCAAUGAGAACCACCACUGCACAGCAGUUCCCACAGAUUGGUAAAAAACUUAAAACAUUUGCAGAAUUUUGCUCCGAGUACAAACUGGAAUUCCAACAAACUCUGGCAAAGAAACUUCCAUCAAUCAGGGGAGGAGGGGAAGAGGAGGCUGUGCUUGCAGAGAUUCUGAAGAAGAGACAUUCUUCUCCUUUCAACAACACAAGCCUGAACGAGUGGAUGCAAUGUAAAGAGAAGGAAAUGCGCAGGUUAAAAAUGUUCACCAACAUGAUGAAAAACACCAUGAUUGUCCCAUCUGAAAAUGUGCUUGAUGAAGAAAUUCUCUGUGCAGAACAUGCUGUGUGUUUUGUUUUCACCUCACUGGGAAGUGCUGAACCGUACCUCUCAGCUUUAUCAAACUACUUGGAAGAAACAUCCAAACCAGACAAACCUCAAGGUCUACACUGUCAUGAUAUAGAGAAGGAACAAUGGUACGCCUCAAAAGAAGUAUCAGAUGCAAUGAGGAGCAAAGCAAAGCUAUUCAGUGAUUUUGCAGAUGCCAACAAGGAGAAGAAGAACAUUAAGUUCCUGACAGUGGGUUUAACAAAUGAGACACAGAAAGGUUCAAGCAUCUACGUUUAUGAGGAUGGUUUUUCUGUCAGUGAGAACUUUGAGCCGCCUUCAAAGCCUGAAACAGUGACAGCAGGUGAUGUAACCCACAACAGUGUGACACUGAAGAUUUGUCCACCAAGAUUUGGAGCAACGAACGUCACCUCCUACUCUGUAGAGUACUGUGUCAGCGGAGAGGACGGAUGGCAACAAAAACCAGCACCAAAGGCUGAAGAAGUGACAGUGAGCGGUCUGACUCCUAACACAGAGUACAUGUUCAGAUGCAGAGCAGUGACCUCAGUAGGUGUUGGGCCAGCUGGUGAAGUCAGCGGUCUCAUUAAAACCUUACCUUGCAGCCCUCCUGGAAAACCUCAAGUUGAAACAAACUCAAGUGAGAUAUCAGUUAGCUGGGAGAAACCUGCUGAGAUUGGACAAGAUGCCCACAUUUUGAACUACAUCAUGGAGUACGCUCAAACAGACAAAGAGGUGAAAGAUGAAGAUCUUCAGUGGAACCAAAUGGUGUCAAGAGCUGAAAAGGGGAUAAUUUCAGGUCUUCAGUCAGAGACAGAAUAUGCUGUCAGGGUCAGAUGUGACUGUGGUGGAGCAGGCAGAAGCAAAGAAAGCAUCACUUUGAGUGUCUGCACAACAAAAUUUACGCGACUUGCAGAAAUCAUCAAACGUACAAGUGAAAGCAUAAAUUCUGGAUCCCCCUCACUUUACAAACUGCCUCUGAAAGAAGAAGAUAUGAACAUAGAUGGUUGCCGGAGGUAUAAUUUCGGUAAAGAAAGCAAGAGGCAAAAUCGCACAAUUAUGCUUUUUGGAGCGACCGGCUCAGGAAAGUCCACUCUCAUCAAUGGAAUGAUCAACUACGUUGUUGGAGUAGAGUGGAAGGACAAUUUCAGAUUUAAAUUAAGUGAUGAGGAUCAGUCCAAAUCACAAGCUGAGAGACAGACCUCUGAAGUCACUGUGUACAAAAUCAACCACCAAGACGGGUUUAAAACCCCCUUCUCUCUGACCGUUGUAGACACUCCAGGCUUUGGAGAUGCAAGAGGCAUAGAGAGAGACAACGAGAUCACAGAGCAGCUAUGUAAUCGCUUCUCUGCUGAGCUUGGUGUCAGUGAAAUUGAUGCUGUGUGUUUCGUAGUUCCAGCUGCGUUAACACGACUCACACCAUCACAGUACUAUAUGUUUGAUUCUGUGCUUUCAAUCUUUGGCAAAGAUGUGGCAGAAAACAUCAGGGUUCUGGUGACAUUUGCAGACAGCCAACGUCCACCAGUUCUAGAGGCAAUCAAUGCUUCAGGUGUCCCAUGUCCUAAAACAAAAGACGGGCUGCCAGCUCACUUCAAAUUCAAUAACUCAGUGUUAUUUGCAGACAACAAAUCAUCUGCAGCAAACGGCAUGGAUGGAAAUGACGAAGAUGAAGGCUUUGAUCAGAUGUUUUGGAACAUGGGGACACAAAGCAUGAAGAGGUUUUUUGCUGCUCUGAAUGUCAUAGACACCAAAAGCUUGACAAUGACAAAGGAGGUCCUCAGAGAAAGUGGAGACGUGACGAAACUGCUAGAGGCCUUAUUUAAAAUAGCGAAUGAGCUAGAUGGAAAUGCUGAGCUUCAGUCAUUAAUCAAUUCACAUUCUAGACCUCAGUCUGUAAGAGAGAGGCUGUUCUGGAUCGUGUCAGCUGCCCUUAGAGGAUUAGGGAGAUAGAGGUCCCUUAUUUACUAAAUUCAAGAUGGCUGCCUCUGAGCUGCGGCUCACAUGAAUUACCAAGCUAUUCAUUUUUCCAUUUUUUUAUUUAUUACUUAUAUUCCAAGAUGAGCAUUAACUGGAUUGAAACAGCAUACACAACAUUGUGUAAUUUAUUUUGUCCUAAUAUCAUGUUGAAAAGGUAUGAAUCAAAUAUGAUACAUUAUGUAUUUCAGGUAAUAUGUCAUUAAAUCCCAAAUCAUCAUCAUUAUUUUGCAUUUAAUAAUCUUUUUACCUUUUUAUACACUGUUUUAACUAUCUAAUUAAGCCAAUUAAAGAUUAAAAUGUCAUCUUUUUAGAGUGGAGUUAUGGGUAUUUAUGAAUAGUUUUACUCUCUUGUAUAGUAUAGAGCAAGAACGUGUACUUUCCUCGUACUCACUGAAACACCAAGCUGGCUGUUUUAGAUUCAAACAGUCUGGAGAACAUCUCAGAAGAGCUCAGUUGUGGGUGAAAAAAAUGCAGUUUUAGUCUGAACUGAGGGCUGAAAUGGAGAGAAAAAGAUGAGUUUACAAAUGUACCCACCGCAGUGUGGACGUACUCUGAUUCAAUGAUACAUCUCACAUAUACACACACAACAUCAGAUGAUCAAUCAAAACUACACCUGCAUUUUUCUCAUGCUUCACAUUUGAAAUAGUAAAUCACCUUCUUGCUUUGACAUGUUCUGUAACAUUAAAUUGUUGAUGAUUUAAACUAGUUCUUAAUCUGACAGUAUCACAUAUAUAUUGUGCAUGAAGCUAUAUAUGUAACUAUAUAUGAUAUGUACUCAUGAAUGAUGUUUCUAUAGAUUGAGUUUUAUUCCUGUUUGAUUAUAUUGAUUGUUGAAGAUUGUUUAAGGACAAAGAGUUGUGAUACAUUUUCUCCAGUUUUUCUUUUCCUCUUAUAUUGAUUGCAGCUUUAUUAUGUAUGAAGUGUUUUAUCUGUUUGUCACGUCGUGUCAGGACUGCAGGUGCAAAUUAGCUAUUGAGCUAACCCCGACACAUUUACAUUGACUUUACAUUGUUAAAAUGUCAAUUUUUAAACUAUCUCUAUGUUUUUUUUUAUAUAUAUAUCUGCACCAUUAUAUUAAAUAGAGAAAAUUUAGAUGUCUUGUUCAUUAUUUUAAACUGAUUUCCCUGAAAUUUAAACUGACAGUUUGAAAACAGCACAACAAAUGAGGAGAUUGAAGAGUUAAUAUAAAUUUAAAGCAGCUCCUGAACAUUUUAUCAACUUUGUUUUCUUUGUGGUUUGUGAUUAUGACAAAUGUCCUCAGAUACAAUCCUAAAACUGUUUUAUAAAUCAAUUUUAUUCUUGAAUGAAUUAAAAGAAAUAAAGAAACAAAACAUG